AUGCACAAGAUUCUUAGUCGAGUUUCUUUCUUAGCUUUAUUGAUAAGUAUCGAUGUUACCAUUGAUGGAUCGUGUGACAUAUUUUUCUAUAAUAAAUGUCCAUUGCCACCGGUGACAGUCAACGUAAAUGUUGCGCAAUUUUGUUACGAAGCCAAGAAACAUGUUGAUUGUGUCAAUAGACGUUUGGAAAAUUGUACAGAAGUUCAAGAAUAUGGGCCUGCUUUAGAAACACUCAAAUCAACAUUCAAAGUAUAUCUAACUCAAGCUACGUCGCAUGGUUGUCACAACCUUUACGAUCAAAUACGUAUUCCACGACGACUUCCACGUACACGACGAUCAACCACACGGAAACCUCGUAAACGUAAAUCAAAAAAACAUCGAACGACGAUAGCUGUCGAAUAUCAUUGCCGGAAAAAGCUUGUUAUAGAUUCAUGCGGACAUUGGAGUCAACCGUUGGCAAGACUUAACCGAACAGUAUGCCAUUAUGCAUAUGAAUAUAUGCAGUGUUUAGCACCAUUGAAGCUCAAAUGCCAAAAUAUGUUUGCUAAUGACGAAGACAUUCAUCAAAUACAGACAUUUCUACACAAAUGUUAUCAAAUAUUGACUAAAUCAUCGAAAAAUCAUAUGGAAUGUUUAACGUCCAACUUGACUUUCAUCGUAUCAAGUUUAUUAACUUAUAUUUUUAUGUGA